AUGAACGACUUUGCAGCAUAUCAGGAGCACAGCCGUGAGCCACCACGACGUGAAGAGCCAGAAUGGGACAGCGACCGUUCGGUGAUCUUUAGGGAGACCGAUAAUCCCAAUGGCAUCUUUACAUCAGCACCCAAGGAAGCCUUCAAGCUUGGGUACUUUGAUGUCAUGUGCCUGGUUCUUAACCGAAUGAUUGGAACCGGCAUCUUCAAUUCGCCACAGAGAGUAAUGGAAGGAACCCGUUCAACGGGCGCAUCUCUUCUCCUCUGGCUGGCGGGCAUGAUAUACUGUCUCUCAGGCGUCCAUGUCUACAUAGAGUACGGUCUCAACGUUCCCCGCUACACCAUCAACGGCAUUGAACAGAGCGUACCUCGCAGUGGCGGUGACCUCAAUUACCUCCAAUAUGUUUACCAAAAGCCUGCAUAUAGAAGAGGCACCGUACUCUUGAGUACAUGCAUGUUCGGUUUCUGUUUCAUUGCUCUCGGAAACAUGGCGGGCAACUGUAUCAGCUUUGCUACACGAGUGCUAUACGCAUCUGGCAAUACUGACCCGGCUCCUGGAGCCAUCAGGGGUAUUGCUAUCGGAAUAGCAAUCCUCACCUGCUUCAUCCAUACCUUCUCUCGACGAGCAGGCAUUCUUCUCAACAACAUGCUGGCAAUCAUAAAAGUCAUGAUCCUCCUACUCAUUAUCGUGACAGCUAUUGUGGUUGGUGCCGGAGCUUUAAAGACUACCAAGGGCGAGAAGGUCAAGAACUAUAUCUCGGAAAAUACUCAGCCAUCUCGUGCCUUUGCAGACUCUGGUGAUGCUAAUGGCUAUGCUCACGCUUUCUUGGCCAUCAUCUUCAGCUUCUCUGGCUUUGAACAACCCAACUAUGUCAUGGGUGAGAUUAGCAGGCCAAGGCGAAAGCAUCCGAUCGCCAUGAUGCUUGGUGUCGGUAUUGCCAUUGUGCUUUAUAUGGCUGUCAACAUCUCAUAUAUGGUCGUGGUCCCAGAGAAGGAUCAAAUAAGCACCAACGUAGCGCAAGAAUUCUUCGAGAGAACUCUCGGCUCCCUGACCGAAGACGAGACUGGCCAGCGGAUCUUCAACGCUUUCCUUGCCAUAUCAAGCAUGGGUAACAUCAUUGUGAUGACUUACACCGCUGCACGGGUAAAGCAAGAGAUCGCCAAGGAAGGUAUCAUUCCCUACGCCAAGUUCUUUGCUCAAGACGGCGACAUCUCUCUGGGUCGAUUGCUAUCAUGGCUCAAGAAGAAGGGUAUGUUCAGCUCUCUUCUGAGCACACGCUGGCUCUCUCCCGAAGACCACAGAGAGAAAACGCCUGUUGGUGCCUUCGUCUUGCACCUUACAUCCUGCUUCAUUCUCAUCUUCGCCACUUGGGGUAUGGACUACUUCAAUUCAUACACUUUACUCACAAGUCUGAGCGCAUAUGUCAUCAAUGCCUUCUUUGGCAUCUUUCUGGGUCUUGGUAUCCUGAUCCUCCGAUUCAAGGGACCACCACAAACAGACAAGGAUGAGAUUCACAGCCCAGCAGCAGUUCCCCAGACUUGGCGACAGAUGACUGGCAAGCAUAUCAACCCGACACUCAGCGUUAUAUGCGCGGUUAUAUACGUAAUUGGUGGCUUGUGGCCCAUUGUCACUAUCUGGAUCAAGCCCUCAACACCACAAAGCCUCCAGUGGUGGCUUGUCCCAGUCAUCACAUGGUCCGUCAUCGGUGGCAGCAUUCUCUGGUUCCUCGGCUUCGUCUCUUUUGCAUGGCGCCGGAAACAGAAGAGGAACGAGAUCUUUGUCGUGGAGAAGAAGCCCGAGUUCGAAAGUGCUGAUGGUUCUGAUGACUCGGGAGAGAAGUCGGGCGGCUAUGUGCUUGUACACGAGACAGUUUACCUAAGUUGGAUCGCAGGGGAAGUUCAUGAGUCAAGAGGGACUGGCCGAACGGGCUUUGACGAACAGGCAGACACAAUACCGGUGCCUGCGGCCAGUCGAUAUGCUGGCACUGACUUUGAAGCAUUUUAUGAGGACGACCACCGAGGUGCAGCGCCAACAAGGGGGUACAAUACCGGAUAUAGGCCAUGA